AUGUUUAACACCAAGCAGCUCGAUCGUCCAUUGGGUUGGCUUGAAGCAUUAACCGUUGACGCUAAUUUGCUGGUGGUUGGCGUUUGUGAACUCGAGUUUUCUUCUACUAUUACCGGCGGCUUUGAUAAACAACGUCUUCAAUCAGCUUUACACCGAUGUAUUGAUUGUCAUCACAGCUUGCGUAUGAAUACUACUCCUGCUAAACCCUACCAUUUUCAAUAUGUUACUCAGCCGUAUUCUACACCAUCCUACAUCGAAUUUGAAGGUGGUAGUACUGAUGACGACGACGAAUGGCAACAGAUUGUGAAUCGAGAAAUGAAUGAAGGAUUUGAAAUGGGCAGUGAAGUAACAAGUUUAUUUAAGCUGGUAGUACUGCAUAACCAAACAAAUCCAACACGGCAAUUUCUACUCAUGAAAUAUCAUCAUUCAAUAGCCGAUGGAAUAUCCGGUAUGAUUAUAUUACACACACUAUUAUCCUUUUACUUUGACAGCGGUGAUCCUGAUAAUGGAUUAACACGUUUAGCGGAUAAUGAGACACUGGCAUUUCCCCAGGUAACGGAGGAGGUUGAAAAGCAGACGGAGCAGAUGAGAACCGAAGUUUUGACGUACAAACGUCAGUGGACGCCGACAAUUCCUUAUGAAGUAGUGGGAAAUACAAUACGGAAUUCAGCACUGUAUUUCAAUGGAACACAGGAGAAUAUGGACAAAUUAAUGGAUCGAUGUCAUGAAGAAAAGGUUACUUUGGGAAGUGUAUUACUGGCAUCAACUUAUUUUGCAAUUGCAGAACUGGUAAAAGAGAAGUGGCUCUCAACUCCGUCAGCUACAUUCUCCAACUUUAAAUUCGAUGUCGACGUCAAUCUCCGUCAUCGUUAUCCUGCUGCUGCUGACACACCACCAUUGAGUCGCUAUGAAAGCGUUGGUCUUCACGUUGGUAUGAUGAACUUAAACGACAUUACCGUCUCACUUCAAACACAGUUCUGGCAGCUCUGUCAUGUCAUUCACCAGCAGCUAACACAAAACCUAGUUGAGGGAAAACAUCUUACCUAUCUUCGUGCUAAUCGUCUUUGUUCAACUGAUAUUCUUAUGGAAGAACAAGUUCAGCGAAAUCACGGUCGUAGUAGUGACCUUAAUGUUUCAAAUAUUGGCAAAUAUCCAUUUCAACAGGAAUAUGAUGAUGGUCAUAUCAAAUUAAAACAUUACUAUUGUGCUGGCUCAGGCUGGUGCCCCUUCAAUGGUACCAAUGUGUUAUUAGUGUGCUCGAUGAAAAGUCUGGACUAUACGUUGGUUUAUGAGACUGGAACGAAGAAUGAAGAAAUAGCAAAACAUUGGUUUCAGAAGAUGACAAGCUUGACGGAAGCAGCUGCUGAGACGGAUGCGGAAGAUUUGACAUUUGAACGGUGGACCAAAGAUGGUGAUGCAAAGUGA